AUGAAGAUCACAAAGACGCCCAAGCGUCUGGCAGCAGCUGCCCCUGAGGUGGUGGCUCUGCAGGAUCGAAUCACAAACUCAUCCGACGACGAGCUCCCCGCCGUGCUCGACAGCGUAUCGGAGUGGUGCUGGCCUCGAGGCGAUCUCUACUACUGGACUGGCGCCCUCAAUCGCUUCGAUACCAUCCUUGAAAAUGUCUGCCGUGACUACGAAGUAGCCAAGAUCCAGGUUAACAACUUUACGCCCCUCACAAAGCGUCUCGUCGUCAGCAUUCUGCGCUUCUCGCGUCUGCUCAUCGAGAAUUGCACCAACCGCAAGCUUUACAAUUCCUUCGAGCACCUCAAUGAGCUUUUUUGCACUCGUGACCUCGACGUUCUCGAAGCCACGCUGCGCUUGGUGCUGCGAGCCGCACAGCAGCACAACAGCCACCAUCCUCGACACGAGUUUCAGAUCUCAAAGGAGCGUCUUACCACGCUCGCCAUGAUCUGGACUCCGCGGGAUCAUGGUGUGUCGCUCGCCGAUGUGGCUCAGCCCGAAGUCCACAUGCCCUCGGAACUCUCGCAUGUGAUCUUCCAAUUCUUCCGGCGCACGGGUCCUGCCGCCAACAGCACUGCCACCUCUUCGCAGCAACCCGUCGCAUCGUCAUCGGCGCUCGCAAGCACCGAUUCGUCCCGUGCUGCUCGCAGCGCUGCUUCGCCACAUCAGUCUCAUCACUUUCAGCUCCACAACCAGGCCACCUCUACGCCAACUCGCUCCCGUAACAGAGACCAACGUCCUGCCAUGCUGCCAGCCCUCUCUUCCGGUGCGCUGCCUGUGACACCUACACGAACAGACGACCGCAGCGAGGGUGGCGCUGCUGCGCAUUCUGGAUCCAGUUUUGCCGCCGGUGGCCGUCGCGAGGGUCUCAUCACCGUCGACCUGGGCAAGAUCACCGAGGCCAACGGCGACUCUGUCGAUCUGUUGGCCAAAGCGGUCGAGACCUACGAGAUCCCUCCUGAGGAGCGCUUCGAGCUGUUCCAACGCAUCCGUCUGGCGCUUGGUCUUCAGAAUGGAUCAUCUCGCAAGCAGUUGCUCGUGUGUCGCCUCCUAGCCAUCGCCAGCUAUGGUCUCGUCAUCAACGAGUCCAUCGCCAACACUCAGCUCUUCCUCUACGAGCCCGACUUGAUCCAGCGCAUCGCUGCCCUCGUCGACCCUGUCCAGAAAUUCGACAUGGCUAUCCAAAGCAGCGCCUUCUACGCCCUCGACAGUCUUGGGCGGUACCGCAACAGGAUGAGCGUUGUGCUCAACUCGGUCAAUGCUUCGGUCAACCACGGCAUCAUCCUCAGCGUGUUGCGCAACCUCAUCGACGAUCUGCGCACCAACGCUCCUGUUUCGAGCGAACACUUUGUCGAUUCUGUGUUGAGCUUCAUCGCUUUCGUUGCUACCUCUUCGUCCGCUAGCCACACGAUCGUCGGUGCCGGUCUCAUCCCCCUGCUCGUCGAUCUCAUCAACAUCCCUAAUCCGGACCGAUACAUGGUGCAGCGCACCGUCUCUCGAGCCAUCGGCCUUAUCGACAGCCUCACGUAUGCAGUGCCCCAAGCCUUUGACCUCUUUUGCAAUGCGCGCGGUCUCGACGUCGUUGUCGAUCGCAUCAAGGCCGAGGUCGAUCGUGACAUUGAAGAUGGCUCGACGGAUCGCAUGAGCGACAGCAUCUUUGGUGAGUCAGGCCCAGACAACCUUUACGGCCGCCUCGCCUUCGGUCGCGCCUCGCUGCUUCGAGCCAUGUUUAAGUCCAUCACCCAAAUGAUGGCUUCCACCGGCACGGGCGACGGCCUGCGCAACCUCGUCAACACAACACUGCCCAACUCGCUCAAGCGCAUCAUCCUCAACCGCUCCAUCUUUGGACCGCAGAUCUUGGCUUUGGCCAUCCUCAUCACCUCGACGUUUGUACACAAUGAGCCCACCUCUCUGGCCAUCUUGCAGGAAGCCAAGAUCCCCGAGGUCUUAUUUGAUGCCAUCGAAGCUGAUAUCGAGGCGCACUGGGACGUCAUCUACGCGAUUCCCAACGCGAUUGGAGCCAUCUGCCUCAACCAAGCCGGUCUGGACCUCUUCAAUUCGCGUCCGUUGAUCCCCAAGCUCUUCUCGCUCUUCACCUCGGAGCGUCACAGCAAGGUCUUCCAGGAUCGCGACAACGCCAACGCCUUUGGUGCUGCCAUCGACGAACUCAUGCGCCACCAGCCGAGCCUCAAGACGCUCGUCAUGGACUCGAUCAUGCGCUCGCUUGACGACAUUAAUAAGAUGGGGCGCAAUUUUGUGCUUCCGCAAGAUGCAAAGGCGCGCGCAGCAUACGGUCUGCUUCCAGUCGGCGAUGCUGCCGCCUCCGAAGCCGCUGCCACCGCUGCCGAGGGCUCCACUGGCGGUCGAUCGGUGGCGCUGGCCGACGUCGUCACAGAUGAGCCGGAUCCGAUUCGCAAGGAGGACAUCACCAAGCUCGAGUCAAAUCCGGUCAUUGCCUCCAUUGACGUUGUCGCCCGUGUCCUCGAGGGUCUCUUCCAGACCACCUCGCAUUGUAAGGAUUUCAUCAAAAUGGACGGCUUCGACAAGCUGCUCGGCUUCUACUCGCUGCCGUGCCUUCCCUACGACUUUUCGGUCUCGCUGCUCGCCGACUCACUCGUCACACUCGUUCGCUUGAUGGCCGAGAUCAGUCCUAGCACGGUGUUGAUUGCCAUGCUCAGGGACGUCAAAGCCGCCUCGGAGGAAGUGGCGGCGCUGUUUGGUGUGCCCGACAAGUCGUUCGCCUCUCUGACCUACGACAACACGGUCUCGCGCCUUCUGUGGAUGGCAGCGCCUCGCGACGAGGCCGAGGCGGAGCGCGCCAACCUUGCCUUCCGUAAGCUCGUUGGUCUGUGCUCGCGAACACACCUCUUCACGGACGUCUGCACCAUCACUUACGUUGGUCACAAGCUCCCAUCCAUCUUCCUGCAAACACUCGUGGCCAGCACAACCUCUGGCACCAUCAGUCUUGAGGAGCUCGGCGCGAUUCACCGUGCCUGUGCUUGGGAGAACAUGCUGCUCAAGACUUCGCUGCCGCCUCCACCUCCCUCCGCCGGGACAGAAAAGGCCGGUGCUGAAACUAGAUCUGCCGAAUCUUCGCAGAGCGCAUCGCAGCAGCCACCUUCCUCGACCACUGCGGAACACCCUGGCCCUGCAAACUCGAACAGCACCGCAGGCUCGUCCACGCAGUCGAUGCACGUGCAACGCACGCCUCAGCACGGUGUGCCCGGCGAUCUCUUGCAGGACCUUGCCGGCACUGUGGAGCAGCGUGCGCAGCCGGCAGGCUCUGGGCAGCCUCAGGAGGAAGACCCACGACAGCGAAACGCAGCUGCACUCCGCUACGUCGCCUCGCAGAUCCCGUCGUCGCUGACCUCACUCUUUGAGGAGACCGUGCGCUACCUUGCCCCGCGCCGCAGCGUCGAUGCAGCCCACAAAGCUGCGGCGUACACGGCCUCGGUCGAGAUCGCCACAUUUCUCAAGGAGCAUCUCACGUGGCGCGAAUCGAGCAACGGCAUCAACAGCUUUGCCUUUGCCAUGCUUAUGAUCUGCCAGACGAGCUGUCUCUUGUUUGAUGAACGUCCGACCUCUCCCGUCGUCUAUCCAGCCAUCCUACGAGCCUGGGACAAGCAAGGCGGUCUCGACGCCCUCUUCAAUCUCUUUCGUCGCUACGUAGCCGAGAUCGACCGAUUCUACAAUGGCCACGGCAACAGCAUCGAACUCUCGCCCACCGACAUCGAUGAAGCUGGCAUCAAGCUGGGCCACACCUGCGGUGGUCUCAAGGUGACGCUUGGCCUGCUGCUCAAGCUCGUUCACUGCAAGGGUCUCACCGACUCGGCGCAGACGACGCAGCUCAUUCGCGACGGCGGCAAGGACGUCUUUGAGCCUCAUGCAUACUUGGUCAACAUCCGCUUGAGGGUGCUCCAGCUGCUGCUUUCCUUGUGGGACAAGCCCUGGCUGCCGUCGUUGCCUGCGUCGGUGAAUCGCCUGAUGCUACAGAAUCUCUUGACCAUCCUCAAGGGUCAGAACGAGUCCGCCCCCCUACCGAAGAGACAAGCCUCCGUCUCGGGUCCCUCUGGCGCAUCCGGGACGCUCGAGUCAACCAUGCCAACGCUGCUCAACAUGCGCAAUCCAUUUGCCUUCGGUAGUGCACCUCGGGUGAUUCCUCCGCCCGUUCGUAGGCCACCCAAUGAAGAGCGCGUGCGCACCAUGGUCGACAUGGGCUUCCCCGAAAACGCCGCGCGACACGCUUUGUCUCGCUGCCAGAAUAAUCUGAACGCGGCCACCGAGUAUCUGCUGAUGCACGAUGAUGUUGUCUUCCACUACCGGGACAAUCCCAACCAGCCGUGGAACGACGACAGCACUCCCGGCGCCGCAGAAACGCAGAAUGGAGCUCGUGCAGCUGUCGAGUCCGUUGCUCAGCCAGUCAACGAUGCUACAAUUGAAGCUACCCCGGGCGUUCCGGCCACGGCUGCUGCCAAUGACGACGCAGAAGCCUGGGAGGACCAGGAUGAGACUGCGCCUGCGCAUGAUGACUCGAAUGCAGCGAGAGGCAGCGUGUCAGAUGCACCCAUGGCCGACGCCGGAGCAAGCAGCGGAUCCGAUGCCCACGCCGGCGACAAGCAGACGGAAACAGACGACACCAUGGACGCGCUCAAAGUGGCUGCCAGGAAGGCCGAUCUGGACCAAUGCCGAACGGAUCUUCGCGCCGCGAUUGUGGAGCGAGGUCUCGAACUAGCCGAUCGUCAUCCUGCACUGGUGUUUGAGGUCAAGUCAGCCAUCAUGUUGCAGGCUUCGGAACGAGCCCAGGCGAUGGCACGUAUCGAAAUGCUCGUCCAGGUGAUUGACUCCGAAGCUUCUGCCGCAUUUGGCGCCAAGGCCGACUUCAUUGCACUGCGCGUGCAGCUGCUUGCUCUUGUCUUGCACGACGAGCAGAUCUUCAAGCAGCUGGACCGCGACGUUGCUACCUUGGUUCUCAGGUCGCUCGAAGGUCUGAUCCAGCUUUAUGGCUCCCGCGCUUCUGCGUCUCAAGCUUCGAGCACCGCUGCAAUUGCGUCGCAAUCAACUACCGCUCAGGCCUCGACCGAUUCGGCGACGCAACCACCGAAGCCAUCCUCGACGCCGCCCAAAUGGCUUGCAUCGCUGAUCCUUGCCCUUGUUGGUAUUCUCGGGUUCUCGGAGGACAUUGCAGAAGUCAAACCGGACGACGCUUUGCUUGAUGCUCCCGUCGACGCUGGCACUGUCGCGUCCGGUGCGGGCAAGGCGAGCGAGAACAAGUCAGCCGAAGCUGCUGUCGACAGUGCCGGCUCCGCCAACACCACGAUCUCGGACAAGCCCGUCUUGCCGCGCGUUCGCGUAGGCUCCGUGCCAAUCUCGGAAGCGCUGUUCCACUUUGCUCUGCAGAUCUUCCGCGAGGCGACAACGCUCGAGAGGAACGAUUUGCUGGCAGCCUUCCGCCUGCUCACCGUUUUGACACGCAAUCACUCGUAUGCAGCCCGCUUCGCUCGCGAAGGCGGCGUCCGCUUGAUCUUUGAGCCCUUCCGCGUACUGGAACCGAAACAGGUCUCGGGCUGCCAGCCGUUCGUGGCUAUGGUGCUUCGACACAUCAUCGAGGAUGCGCAGACGCUCGCGACAGUUAUGGCUCAGGAGAUCCACAGCCUUGUGGCGCAGUCGCGCAACAAGACCAGCGAUACAUCGACGCUUGUUCGUCACCUGGACUGCGCCGUCUUGCGCGAUCCGGACGUCUUCCUCGAGUCGGCGGUUGCAAAGGUAGAGAUGACCGAAUACUCGCCCACCAAGGGCAGCGGCCACAUCAAGCUUCUCCAAGAAACGAGCGCCGCCGAGGCCGGGACCAAGGAGUCGCCCUCGGAUCUGGCCGGCAACGGGCAGGCGAGCCUGGCGAGCCUACGUCUCGGCGAUGAUCCUAUGGACUCGGCUGCUGAAGGUGUUGACGGCAAGACGACAGACGAGCCUGCCUUUUUCAAAACAGCGGCGCAGUCGACGACCGUCCAUGCCCCGUCCGAAGAGCUCGAUCGGCUGAUGGGGUACCUCCUGACUGAGCUUUUGAAGAGCACUGCCAAGAAACCUCAAUCGACGGCAGGUGCGCAGAGCGGUGCUGCUGCGAAUGCAAAUGCUUCGAGCGCCAACCAGGACGCAGCUCAAGCCGGAGCCAGUGGCACUGGUGACGGUAGCGUCUCCUCGAAUGGCACGCUAGCAACCACUGGCUCCACCGCCUCGUCGGGCCAACCGCAAGAGAAGACCGAGGAAGAGAAACAAGACGAUAUCACGUUCUUCUACUCUUCGUUCCUCAUGCAAUGCCUCACGGAGCUUCUCUCGUCGUACGCUUCGUGCAAGACAUCCUUUGUCAACUUCAACAAGAAGCGUCUCUUUGCCGCUGCCGUCGGCGCGUCCACGACGUCCAUGUCGUCGCCUGCUGCCACUGCGUCGGCCAGUGUCGCCUUUGCCCCUGGCACGCCUGGAGGUAAAGAUUCGGCUCGCUCGCGCGCUGGUAUCCUGAGCACCUUUUUGACCGAGCUCGUCCCCGCUGGCUUCCUGAACUCGUACGACAGUAGUGAGCUGCGCAGGAAGAUGACAUUGUCCAACUGGGCCAUGUCGGUGCUUGUGGCACUCUCGGCCGAUGUCAGCAUGCACAACGAUGUCAAGGAGGUGCCCGCCGACCUGGUCUCGGUGCGCAAAACGGUGCUGGAUGCGAUAGCCCGGUCGAUAAAGGAAGCAGCGUCCUCGUCCGAAUCCAUCGAGGUGCGCUACGGCCGGCUCUUUGCGCUCAGCGAACUCUGCUACCGACUAUUGAUCGCUCGCCCCAACAAGCCGGGGGGCAAGCAGGCCGAGGAUCUGACCCUGCACAUGGCCAAGACGAUGCUCGAGAAGAACUUCGUCACCGUACUCACCAGCGCCAUUGCCGACUUCGAUCUCAACCUGCCCACCGUCAAAUCACUGCUGGAAGCCAUCUUGCGGCCGCUGGAGCACCUGACCAAGGUUGCAAUCCGGAUGGGCAAGGCCAAGGACAAGAACAGUGGCCGUGCCGUCAUUGCUGAGUCCGAAGACGAAACCGACUUGUCUUCGGACUACGACAUGGAGGAGGCAUUUGACGAUGAUGAUGACGAUGAUCACGACAUUGAGCGCGAAGACACUCCUGACUUUUACCGCAACUCGUCACUGGGCAUGCACACGGGCGAGAUGGAGACAGGCUUGGACGACGAUGAAAUGUCGGACGAGGACAUGGAUGACGACGAGGAUAUGGAGAUGGAGGACUUUGACUCCGAGACGGGUAGUGAGCUGUCCACGGACGAGGAGCUUGAGGGUCUCGACGGUGACGAUCCGCACGUCAUGGAAAUCACCGAUUCGGACACCGACAUGGACGACUCGAGCGACGAGGACUCGGACGAUGACGAUGACAACCACACACAUUCGCACAGCCACGGCAGUCACCGCGACGACAUCAGCAUUGUCGACGAAGAAGACGAGUGGACCGACGACGAGGAUGACGACGAGGGGAACAGCGACCUGGACGACGACGAUGACGACGAGGAGACGCUCGACUUUGUCUUUGAAGACGGCGAGGACGGCAUGCCUGCCAUUCCCGAAGAGUUCGACGAAGGCGACGACGCAGCCUUGAUGGACGGCGACGUAGGUGACGGCAUCAUGGACGACGAAGAGAUCGAAAUGCUCGAAGAGGACUCGAUGGAUGGUGACAUGGAUCAUGACGAUCUGUCGCAGCUCGAGCUUGCUGAGGAAUACGCUGCUCCGGUGGACGAUCGCUUCGGCGCCAACUGGGGCUGGACGAAUGAUCCGCGCAUGCCUGGCUCGGGCGUCUCGGGCGAUCGUCCGCGAUCGGCCGGUCUUUUGCCGCCCAACUUCUUCCUCCCUAACGCCAUCGCAAACAUGGCGAGUGGCACGGGCGGUCAUCGCCGACGCAACCUGCUCGACUUUGACUCGAUGAUGGCACCUCGCCGCACGGCACCGCCCUCGGACGAGAUCUCUACGCACCCCUUGCUGGUCGACCAAUCCGACGCAGACGCCAGCCGUCAUGCUGGACGAGCCACCGGUCGUGGCUCUGGCGGCGUCCAGCUUCCUUCUGGCUAUGCGGACUGGGCGCAGUCGGUAGAGGACUUUGUGGGCGAAGGUGCCUUGCAAUUCCUCGAAAAUCUUCUCACUCGAGGCGGCGCCGGCAACCAGGGCAUCCGCAUCGAGCUUGGCGAUGGCGGUCGCAUGCGCAUCGAUGCUGUCGACGUGACUGGCCGACCUGGCCGUGGAGGUCAUCAUCAUCAUCACCACCAUCACCCUCACAGCCAUACCCAGCAUGGCCAAGCCGUGUUCGGAGGCGAUGGGCAGCGGGCAUCCAGCUCCAGGCAAGCUGCUGUCAUGAAUGACCCCGUCGCCCUUGCGCGAUCGUUCACUCCCAGCACCACCCUCACGAGGUGGACCGAAGAGGCGCUCAUCCUGCUGCCUUCCUCCGUUGUGUCGAGCGAACGCACCUCCAAGAUGCGUGCCCAUCUCAUCAACGCGCUCCUGCCUGGCUUCAAGAAGAACCGUAUCGAGACGCGUCGUCAGCUGGAGGAGGACCGCAAGGUGCUCGAGCAGGCCAAGAAGACACGAGAGCAGGCCGAGGAUGAGCUCAAGCGCUUGCGUGAAGGGAAGGAGCGCACCGAAAAGGAGCUCGAGGAGGCUCGCGAUCGGUUGCGCCAAGGCGAGAACCGUGCUAGGCAGAUGCUGGCCGACGGUGAUGCUGAGCGUCAGGCGCAGGCAAGCGGAUCUUCUGCCUCAGCCACGCCUCCUACGGGACCUAAAACAGGCGAGCCGGCAAGUGCGACUGGUGCCAAUGAUGCCAACACUCGCAUGGAUUCUGCCGCGGGCAACACUGCUGGUCCCGAGCCCGCACCAAAUUCCUCUGCGUCGGCUGUGGUACCCGACGAUGUCGAGAUGGCGGACGCUGAAUCUGUCCCGACCGGCUCGGCCACUAGGCAGGACACGGAGGCGUCGGAUUCUGCUGCGGUCAACACCCAUGCCCAGCACUCUACCGAAGCUACACGCACUACGAUCUCGAUCAACGGCGAAGAGAUUGACAUCUCGGACACGGGCAUCGACCCUACCUUCCUCGAGGCACUUCCUGACGACCUGCGUGAGGAGGUGCUCAACCAGCACUUCCGCGAGCGUCGUGCUGCGGAAGCGACCAACAACUUGCCGCAGCCGACGUCGAUCGCACCGGAGUUUCUUGAUGCUCUACCGCCUGAGCUGCGCGCCGAAGUGAUCCAGCAGGAGGCGCUCGAGACGUCGCGCCGCCGGAUCCGCGAGCAGAUGGUUUCGCGUGGAUCUGGAGAUCGACCUGGCGAGGAAUCAGCGCCAACCGCUCGCGAAGGUGCAGCCCCUGCUGCAUCAUCCGCACCCGCCGAUGGCGACGGUGCGGGCUCUGCCUCAAACGAGUAUCUCGACUCUAUCGAACGGGUCCUUCGAGGUGGGCCUGGCGGUGCACCGGACCCGAUGGCGAUCGCGUUCUUACACAACGAACAUGCCGAUGGAAGCAACCGACAGCAUCGCCGCUUCGAUGACGAAGAAGAUAGCCAGGAUGUUUCCAGCGGCACGGUCCGUGCUGCGCCUGCAUCUACCUCUGCCCGACUAGGCGCGAUGCCAAUGCGAAUGCUCAACGUGUCUGGCAUUCCCCGACCAGGAGGCACCGAUGCGCGUGACGUGGUCAAGGUGCAACCCUCGAAGGGAGGGCCACAGCGAGACGCGAUCCAGCUGCUCGACAAGUCGGGUCUUGCAACGCUCGUCCGACUUCUCUUUUUCCCGCAGAUGAACGCCAAGCAGACGAACCUGCACAAGGUGCUUGCCAACCUGUGUGAGAAUGCCAAGACGCGCUCGGAGCUGCUGAAUCUGCUUCUGAUGGUGCUGUCAGAAGGAUCGGUAGAUGCACACGCUGUUGACCGCUCAUUUGUGUCGGUGAGCAACCGCGCCAACCGCAUGAACUCUACACCCUCGAGACCGACGCCUAGACGGGCCAACUCGGGCCCAGCCAGCGCAGUGCAGCAUCAAGGCGGCCAAGGAAACGCCGGAUCGACGGCGCCCUUGUCCAAGACGGGUGACGAGGCGCCGUUCCUGAUCGCUUCACGCAGCAUCGAGACGUUACUGCACCUGACCUCGGUCAACGAGGAAGCGGCCAUGUGGUUCCUGCGAAAUGACUCGCGACCGCUCAAGCGAGCCAAGGGCAAGGAGAAGGAGACGGAUGCCUCGGAGCGCGGCACGGCGCCCAUUAACGUAUUGCUCGGAUUGCUGUCCAAGGAGACGAUUCUGGUCAACAGCCAAUUGGUGGAUUCGCUCCUGGCGCUCAUCAGCACGGCAACCAAACCUCUUUUGUGGAUCGCUCGCAAUAAGGCUGUCGAUACGACCGCGAAGCCAGUGACGACGGCAACGGACGCAUCGAAAGAAGCGGCUACAAGCACAGAAAUGGUACGAAGCGGUGGUCCUAACGCCAACAUUAGCGAAGCCACACCAGCCGCCGCGGCAGCUACCUCAAGCAACACAAGUGGCGGCGCAGCAACUCCAGCAGCGCCCAAGUCUGCGCAGCCAGGCGGCGAAGAGCGGGAAAACACCGUUCCGGACAUCCCGGCCGAGCGAUUGCGCAACUUGGUCAAGCCGUUGGCGACGGCGAUCUCGAGCAAGGGCUUCCAGAACACGUUGGCGAUCGCAUGGCAUGUCGACCUUCUUGAAGAUGCUCGACCGACGAUCUGUGGCGCACUACGAGAGCAGGCCAACCAGGCUUCGCGGUCGCUGGUGGGCGAUCUAGACGCGCUCCUGUCAACGCUUCCCGAGCCGGUCGAGGAGGAGGAGGAGGAGGACCCGGCAGCAGCAGACAAGAAGGCGGGCGCGAGUAGUGGCGAGGGCGAUCUGACGCCAGGAGCAGCGGCGACAGCAGCAGCAGCAGCCGCUUCAGCCGGCGUGACGCAGUCGGGUAUCGUGAUCAGCGGGCCGACGGUGACCGAUCGACUUUCGGCGAUGAGCGGAGCACAGCGAAUCGAGUCCAAGGCGUUGGCAACGUUGGCGAGCCCGGCGAAUGCGCAAGCCGUGUUGCUUCGAAGUCUACGCGCGCUCAAUUACAUCAUGACAGGGCGCUGA